AACAUGUCAUCUUUGAUCAUACCGCCUGUCCUAACUUCACCUCAGGACGAUGCUGCCCAACUUCACCGUGCCUUCAAAGGAUUUGGCUGUGACACUGCUGCAGUUGUCAACAUUCUUGCACAUCGAGAUGCAACCCAACGUGCUCUCAUUCAACGUGAAUACAAAGCCAUGUAUUCCAAGGGUCUCAUCAAACACUUGAAAUCUGAGCUCAGUGGUAACCUUGAGAAAGCCGUUUUACUAUGGAUGUACGAUCCAGCAAGCCGAGAUGCUGUCAUAAUAAAGGAGGCUUUAUGUGGAGAAACUGUUCAUCUCAGACGUGCCACUGAAGUAAUGUGUUCUCGUACCUCAACUCAACUUCAGCAGCUUCGACAACUUUACUUGUCCAUGUUCCAAUCCUACAUCGAACAUGAUAUUCAAAAUGUUGCUUCCGGGGAUCACAAGAAGCUACUAUUGGCUUACGUUAGUAAACCACGGUAUGAAGGUCCUGAAAUUGACGGCGACAUGGUAGCCAAGGAUGCAGAGGCUCUGUAUAAAGCAGGGGAGAAAAGAUGGGGUACUGAUGAGGACAAGUUUAUACAGAUCUUUAGUGAAAGAAGCAGGGCUCAUCUUGCUGCUGUUAGCUCUACUUAUAAGAACUUAUAUGGGAACUCUUUGAAAAAGGCAAUAAAAAACGAAACUUCAGGGUAUUUUGAAUUUGGGCUUCAAACAAUCGUGCGGUGUGCUGAGAAUCCUGGGUUGUACUUUGCAAAGAUAUUGUACAAGGCAAUGAAGGGGUUGGGAACAGAUGAUACCACACUGAUAAGGAUAAUUGUGACAAGAACUGAGAUAGAUAUGCAGUAUAUAAAGACAGAAUACCACAGGAAGUAUAAGAAAACGCUGCAUGAUGCUGUUCGUUCUGAGACAUCAGGAAGUUACAAGGAUUUUCUUCUUUCCUUGUUGGGGUAGGAUAUUAUCAUUACACAACAAUUAUAAAUGUGUAUUUUUGUUUCGAGUAUUCAUCAUGGUUUUGUUUUAGUUUGUAGUAAUAAAU